UUUCCAUUUCCUCGCGCCAAAGCCCCCUCUCCUUCAGAGUUUCGAUUUUCAUUUUCUGAUAAUUAUUUAGUAAUAACAAAUAUGUAAUUCAUUUCUAAUAAAUCAUUAUCAAAUGUACAAAAAGAAAAUCCUCUCUGGGGUUGAUUUGAUUUAGGAAUCGAGGGUUCUUGAAAAAAAUAAUUAGGGUUUUGUGGGUUCUUGUUUUAAGAGAUGGACAAGAGAAAACUGGGUGUUCCUUUAGUUUGUCAUGGACAUUCACGUCCUGUUGUGGAUUUGUUCUAUAGUCCAGUGACUCCAGAUGGUUUCUUUCUCAUUAGUGCAAGCAAAGAUUCUAGUCCUAUGCUGAGAAAUGGAGAGACUGGUGAUUGGAUUGGAACCUUUGAAGGUCAUAAAGGUGCAGUUUGGAGUUGUUGUUUGGAUACAAAUGCUUUACGAGCUGCGUCCGGUUCGGCUGAUUUCACUGCGAGAAUAUGGGAUGCUUUGACUGGUGAUGAGCUGCAUUCUUUUGAACACAAGCAUAUUGUUCGGGCAUGUGCCUUCUCUGAGAAUACACACCGUCUUUUGACCGGAGGAAUCGAGAAAGUGCUUCGUAUUUUCGAUUUGAAUCGUCCAGAUGCAACUCCAAGAGAAGUCGACAAGUCUCCUGGUUCAAUUAGAACUGCACAAUGGCUUCAUAGUGAUCAAACAAUAUUGAGUUCAUGCACUGAUAUUGGGGGCGUGAGAUUGUGGGAUGUUAGAAGCGGGAAGAUUGUUCAAACUCUUGAAACCAAGUCAUCUGUCACUAGUGCUGAAGUGAGCCAGGAUGGUCGUUACAUCACAACUGCUGAUGGUUCUAGUGUGAAGUUUUGGGAUGCAAACCAUUUUGGAUUGGUGAGGAGCUUCGACAUGCCAUGUGUUGUGGAAUCGGCUUCUUUGGAACCCAAACUUGGUAACAAGUUCAUUGCUGGGGGAGGAGACAUGUGGAUUCGAUUGUUUGAUUUCCAUACUGGUGAAGAGAUUGCUUGCAAUAAAGGACAUCACGGACCUGUACACUGUGUUCGUUUCUCACCUGGAGGGGAGUCUUAUGCAUCGGGAUCUGAAGAUGGUACCAUCAGAAUUUGGCAGACAACGUAUCACGAAGACAAUGAUUCUUCUUCAACUAAUGGGUUGAUCACAGGCAACGGAAAAGUGAAGGUGACGGUAGACGAGGUAUCUCGCAAGAUCGAGGGUUUCCACGUUUCAAAAGAGAGAACUGCAACUGAAGAGAAGGAAGAAGUUGUUAAUACUGCUACUACCGUGGCAUGACCCUUAACCAAGUCUUACAGUUCUUGGGAAUUUCAUCAGUCUUUUUGUUUUUAAGUAUGAAUUCGGUGAGUUACUGACGUGGAUAAUAGUUUAAUGCAUGCAAGUCUGGUAUUCAUUUUGUUGUUAUGACAUGACACUUUAUAAUGUUUUGAUUGAAUAGCUUUAGAGGCUCAUGGGCUCGUGGUGAUAAUAGAAGGACGCCCACAACAUGGGCUCGUGGUCCCUAUGUUGGUUAUCUCUUCAAAUAGUCAUUAGGGUUUUAAAGCUAAGAAAUAAACCAAGAUCAUCUUUUCA